UAACCCGACCCACUGAAAUAUGGGCAGUAGUGUUCGAUUUGAGUGUGAAAGUGCAAACUGCUUGUAAGGGAGCAAACAGAGAAUAGAAGGAAGAAAACAAAACCAAACGAAAAAAGGAAAAAAGAAAAUCUCUUUCUAUCGCCGGGUCUUAACUUUUAACUCAGUGGACGCCAAGCAUUGCUGUCAUUUCUAUAGUUAUGUCUGUGAACAAUAAUAAUAACCCACAGAAGAGCCAUGGAGCAUCUUCUUCACCCUUUGGCAAUGCUGGACUGGGUAGUCUGUCCAUGUCCACAAACACUGGUUUUACACAGUCACAAGCUCAGGCACAAUUGGUUGGUGGGUUCCCGAACCAGUUUCAGUUGCAAGCCCAGGCACUAGCUGCCUCAAAAAUUCAUGCUCAUACACAAGCGCAAGUCCAAGCGGCUCAGGCACAACUCCAAGCUCAGUUACAAGCCCAAGGCAUUUCCAUUAACCAAUUCCAGAAUUCUGGUAUUGGAAAUUUAGGUUCAUCUUCACCUUCCAAUCUAACUCCUGGCAGCACAAGUCUGAAGAGGAUGCCUCAAAAGCCACCAGUGCGGCCACCGGGGGUUCCUUUGGCAAACAUGAGUUUCCCUUUGAAAACUAUGGAUCUUACCCCUGCUGCAAGAAAGAAGAAGCAAAAGUUUACAGAGAAACAGUUACAAGAUAAAGUGGCAGCCAUUCUGCCUGAAUCUGCCUUGUAUACUCAGCUCCUUGAGUUUGAGGCUCGUGUUGAUUCUGCUUUAGCUAGAAAGAAGGUUGACAUUCAGGAGGCACUUAAGAACCCUCAUUGUGUGCAGAAAACUCUGCGGAUCUAUAUUUUCAAUACUUUUGCUAAUCAGAUGAAAACAAUUCCAAACAAGCCAAAUGCCGAGCCCCCUAGCUGGACGCUUAAGAUAAUUGGGAGAAUCUUGGAAGAUGGGGGAGAUACAGACCAGCUUGGAAUUGUUCAAAAAUCUAAUCCCUUGUACCCAAAGUUCUCAUCCUUCUUCAAGAGAGUAACCAUCUCCUUGGACCAGAGACUAUAUCCAGAUAACCAUAUCAUUUUUUGGGAGAAUGCUCGUUCACCUGCACCUCAUGAGGGUUUUGAGGUAAAGAGAAAAGGGGAUAAAGAGUUCACGGUAAACAUUCGGCUGGAAAUGAAUUAUGUGCCUGAGAAAUUUAAGCUUUCUCCAGCAUUGACAGAGCUUCUUGGUAUUGAGGUUGAUGCACGCCCAAGAAUUAUAGCUGCAAUUUGGCAUUAUGUGAAGGCUAGAAAACUGCAGAACGCAAAUGAUCCAUCAUUCUUUAACUGUGAUGCACCUCUACAGAAAGUAUUUGGAGAAGAAAAGAUGAAAUUCACCACGGUUUCACAGAAGAUAUCACAUCAUUUAUCUCCUCCACAACCUAUACAUUUGGAGCACAAGAUUAAGCUUUCUGGGAACAGCCUAGUUGGCACUGCUUGUUAUGAUGUACUGGUUGAUGUGCCUUUUCCAAUACAGAGGGAAUUGUCUGCUCUAUUGGCCAAUGCUGAGAAGAACAAAGAAAUUGAUCAGUGUGAUGAAGCAAUAUGUGGUGCUAUCAGGAAAAUCCAUGAGCACAGAAGGAGAAGGGCAUUCUUCCUUGGGUUCAGUCAAUCUCCUGUCGAAUUUAUCAAUGCAUUGAUAGAAUCUCAGAGCAAAGAUUUAAAGCUUUUGUCUGGAGAAGCUGGUCGAAGUGCUGAGAAAGAGCGCCGAGCAGAUUUUUUCAACCAACCAUGGGUUGAAGAUGCUGUUAUUCGUUACUUGAAUCGGAAACCAGCUACUGGAAGUGAUGCUCCUGGAAGCACUUAGGUCAGGGAUUCUAGCGCCGUUGAUUGGUCAUUGUUUCAUUAAAUCUGCUCACCUAGUGUCAAUAGAACAUCUUACCUUUGUCAUAUGGAAGUAGCACAGUUUUAUCUCAUUACCUUUGUGGAGAAUGAUUCUGUGUUUGUAGAACCAAAAAACAAAAUUUACCCUGUAGCUUGUUUAGGCGUAAUUGUCAUUCUUUUACUCAUCAGGUUCAAUGAAAAAGUUUGUGACAAUGGAUAACUUUGCUUCAUAAUUUAUGAAAGAGGGUCAUCGAUUUCUUCUA